AUAUUUUACUAUAUAGAUUUCUUAAACGUUAAUAAUUGUUUUCAAAUUAAAUGAUUAGGAUUUUACCGUAACAGUAUUUGUCAGUUUUAUCAACGUAGUUUUUACUAUUUCAGUAUUUUUCUGUACCCUAAUGUACUUUUAAAGUGAUAAAUGUUAAUAUGGUAACAUGGUAGGAUACUCAAGGAAAUCUAGAAGUUUUUAAUCUAAUAAGAUCUAUCUUUUAAAUUAUUUAGAGAAGAAAUUAAACUUCUUGAAUUUCAGUACUUGAGGAAAUUGGAUGAUUUUAAAUAUAGGGACCAAAUCCAACACAAACAGUGUAUUUCAAAGUUAUGAAUGCAAUAACAUUAAGAACACCCCACCUACCACUUUUCCGUGGCUCUCUCUUUCAUGAACCCUCUUUAUUUUAUUUUAUUUUUUAAGAUCCUCCAAAAUUCUUAGUGAAACUUAAAUGCAAUUUUUAGAAUGAUCAUUUAUUGAAUCCUGAAAGUUCUCUGAUAUACUGGAAAAUUUGAAGUAAAUAUGAGAGUUGUUACUGUUCUAAAGAUUCCUCUAAGUGUGGAGCCUAGGAGGCAGAGAUCAUUUAGAUGCUUCCUUUCUACUCUGUUUUUGCUUUCUGCAGCUUUCUUCAUAGGGAGUGCAUUGAUAGUCACAGAUUAUAAAGAGAGGUAUUUGUCUUGGGGAUCAGUUGAUGCUAUACAGAAUACAAGAUCUAAGAUGUGUGAGAGUCAAUGCAUGUCCCGAGGAAGUGAAUCACUGCCUAAGGGAAUUGUCUCCAAAACUUCUGACUUGAAAAUGCGACCAUUAUGGGGCCCCAUGGAUAAAAAGAACUCGAAGCCAUUCACAAACUUAUUGGGCAUUGCAGCUGGCAUAAAGCAAAAAGAAAGUGUGAAUAAGAUUGUGAAGAAGUUUCUGUCAAGUGAUUUUAUCGUGAUGCUUUUCCAUUAUGAUGGCAAUGUGGAUGAUUGGAGAGAUUUAGACUGGAGCAACCGUGCCAUACAUGUUUCUGCUAUUAAUCAAACAAAGUGGUGGUUCGCCAAGCGUUUUUUACAUCCUGAUAUUGUGUCUGAGUAUGGCUACAUCUUCCUCUGGGAUGAAGAUCUUGGAGUUGAAAAUUUUGAUGUUGGAAGAUAUCUUACAAUUAUUAAAGAAGAAGGGCUUGAGAUAUCACAGCCAGCACUUGACCCAUUAGUAUCUGAGGUCCAUCAUCAUCUCACAGCAAGAGACAGCAGAUCAAAAGUACACAGGAGGACUUACAAGAUGAUUGGUAGAAGGAGGUGCGAUGAAAACAGCACAGAGCCUCCAUGCACAGGGUGGGUGGAAAUGAUGGCUCCUGUUUUCUCAAGAGCAUCCUGGCGUUGUGCAUGGCAUAUGAUUCAGAAUGACUUAGUUCAUGCAUGGGGCUUGGAUUUUCAGCUCGGUUACUGUGUUCAGGGUAAUCGGACUAAAAAUAUUGGAAUUGUUGAUUCCGAAUACGUAGUCCAUUAUGGUCUUCCUACACUGGGGUCAUCGGUGGCGAACAAGAAAGUUGCUGAAGCUCCUAAUCAAUCUACUCAAGAUAUGAGCUCCAGUUCAGGACCACUGGAAGCAUCACAGUCGCAUCAAUCUGAUGGUAGAGCUGGGGUGAGAACUCGGUCCUAUAUUGAACUAGAGAUCUUCAAGAAUAGAUGGAAAAAAGCAGUUAAGGAAGAUAAUUGCUGGGUUGAUUCUUAUCAGAAACCACUAUUGUGAGAAGUUGCUGGCUGACCAAGACAUACACAGGAUGACACAGGCAUUGACCUAAAAUAAGCAAGAGGAGGACAAUAGAGCAGCAUUGUAGAGAUCAAGUAGUGAAAUAAUACGCCUUCCCAAACAUAGAUGACGUUUUUCUUCUUCACUAAGAAAAUAUAGAUGAGAUACUUAACAUUGCUAAUAUAUAUGGUACAUAUUAAUGUAGUCUAUGUAGACUAGUGCCAUGACCAUUAUCUUGUAAUUUUCCUAUCCAUUAUUUGUGAAACUAUGUAUACAAUUUCUUUUUUCUUCUUAAGAUAGCAAGAAUGAGAACCGAAUCCGUUUAUUUUGUAACAGUAUUAAUCGAUCUUCAUGACCUUUU